AUGGAAUUAAAAUCUACUACCAGAAGAACUGUUAAUAAGGAACAACUUAGACAAUCUCAAAGGAAUAGGAAUAAUAUGAGACAACGGACUAACAGAAUUAAGAAAGCUAGCAGGAGAAACAUCCUCAGUUUGACCAGGGAUAACCAAUCUCUAAUGUUAAGCAGGAAGCUGAGAAAAAUAGUGAGAUGCAAAAAGAAUAAGAUUCAGAACGUCCAAGAUUUGAGGAAUGUUAUCAGAUCGCUGGUGUCUCCAAAGAGAUCAACCAAGCAAGUGGCUACACCUCCAGCUAAUACAAAAAGAGACAAGAGAAGGAGAAUUCUUUCUGCUGGAAGAUGCGGAAUCAAGCAUUCAGAGGAGCAAAGAGAACAGAAUUUAUCAAUGAUCGAGUAUCACCAAAAUAUGAUCAGUCGCAUCAAUAAAAAGCUAGAGCAAAACAAAAUUAUCAAUGGAAGAUUUUGCUCCCCUCUAGUUCUGCGCCAGAAGGCUACCAACUUCCAGACUUACGGAAGCUCUUCAAAGUCUAUCAGUGAUGAUUCAAGUCAAGGUGAUAUAGCACUUCCAAAGCUAAACAAGGUCUCCCCUUAGGAGUUCUGACCAUAAUUAAUAAUUUACGAUAACGAUAAUUUUAACUAAUAACUUGCUUCC